AUGGCAGAUGUGAUCGGAGAAGUGACAUUCUCUCAGCGGUUUGGUCUCAUGGAGAUCGGAGAGGAGAUCGAGUCGCUAAAGAUCAUCAAGAGAGCAGCGAGAUCCUGGGGUUGGGUUGGUCAAAUACCUUGGGUAUACCGAAUCCAUGAGAUCUUGAGCCGGAUCGUCGGUAAUCAGCUCGCCUUGAACGCGAGAAGCGGCUAUAUUCGUGACUUCACAAUGCAGCAGGCACAAUCCCGUCUCGCACGGGGUAGUGACCAUCGAGACAUGUUGAGCAAGUUGAUGGAGACCAGCGCGAAGAAGCCCUCAGAAGUUGACCAUACGAUAGUAAUAUCGAUGGCGGCGAGUAAUGUUUUUGCUGGCAGUGACACAACUGCCAUUGCACUCCGAUCGAUCUUCUAUCAUUUGCUGAAAAACCCCCGAUGUAUGCAAAGACUGUUAAAAGAGAUUGAUGAUGUGGCGGGCACAGUGGAUGUGACCAGACCGGUGACCUUUGAUCAGGCGAACAGCAUGCCUUACUUACAAGCAGUCAUGAAUGAGGCUCUCCGCGUACAUCCUGUUGUUGGUCAGAGUCUGCCCCGAGUAGUUCCUGAAGGAGGUCUGCAGGUCGAAUCGCAUUGGCUGCCAAAAGGGGUAAAACCGGGACGUGCGCUCUUGAGGCACAUCGCUGACUGCGGCAGACGAUCAUCGGUGCUAGCCCAUACGUCCUUGGUCGCUCAAAGGAUAUAUACGGGCAAGAUGCUAGCGUAUUUCGCCCUGAGAGAUGGCUAG